UGCGUUUGCCUCGUGGCAACUCCAUCCAUGCCAAACGGGCUCGCUUGCAUUCGAUAUGCCGCCGCGGGUCCCAGAGGGCGAGAAGGGUGACUCGAGGCGGGUCGCAAAGCUUCCCUUUGUCUCGGUUGCAGUCCGCAUACGGCCCUCCAGCGAAGAGCCCGCGGCACUUUGGGCCACUGAGAAGUCCCGAGUCUGCUGCAACCGGGGCUUCCUCCUGGAGGAGUACGAGUUCUCGCGGGUCUUCGGCCCGGAGGAAGACAACCAGCGCCUCUUUGCCCAGCUGCAGGGCCCCGCCAUCACCGACAGCAUCUUUGCAGGGGUGAACGAGACCCUGUUUGCCUAUGGCCAGACAGGAAGUGGCAAGACUCACACUAUUUUCGGAAGCGCAUCUUCCCCGGGCCUGCUGGAGCUUUUUGUGCAGCAGGUCUUCGACACUGCAUCUCUCCGUGCCGGCAGCGCAGUACACGCCUGCUGCUACGAGGUGCUCGGAGAUUCUCUGACCGACCUGAUUGAUUCGUCAGCUUUGGAGGCAGAAGGAGCUUUAUGCGAAGAUGACGUUGUUCACGAUGAGCUCUUCAUCAAAACGCAGCGGUGUCGCUACCAGAUCUGCCGAGUCCCCAGCGCCGAGCUCUGCCUGCGCCUGCUGCGCUCCGCCGCGCGCAGGCGCUCCUGCGGUGUGUCCUCGGUGAACGGCGACUCCUCGAGGUCUCAUGCUAUCGUGCAGCUCUUCGUUCAGAACCCCUGCGAGCCUCCCAUGGCCAGCAUCGGCACCUUGACGUUGGUGGAUCUCGCCGGGAGUGAGAAGGAGCAUGAGAACCCCUCCCUGCACGGCCGCAAGAGCGCGCGCCUGCUGAACACCUCCCUUUGCUCCCUGAACCGCCUGCUGCGGAAGCUCCAGACCGGCUGCCUCGACGAAUCGGAGCGGCGGCAGAGUGUCCUGAACAAGUGCCUCUGGGAGUACUUGCGCCCCGGCUGCGGCAUCGCCCUCAUCUUCUGCGUCAACCCCUCGCUGCAGCACCGUGCUGCCAGCCUUUCCACCUUGGCCAUGGCCACGGACAGCAAGCUGAUCCACAGCCAACGCAAAUGCCAGUACAUCCAGCUAAGCCCGCAUACUCCACAUGAGACCAUCCGUCAGGUGCCCUCCAGUCCUUCCCCUCGAGGAACACCGGCUCCGCCGCCGCGGAGCGCGGAGACCCCGAGGCGCCCUGCUGGGAUUACCUGCACCUCCCCACGCCAGGAAUCUGCACGGAGGGAAGAGACGAAUGAGGAGCCGGAGUUUCAGAGGCAGCUGGCGCAAUCCGCCCGUCACUACGAGCGUCUUCGACUGGAGGCGGAGCGUGCGCAUGACGAGCUUGCGAGCGACAACAUGGCACUGCGGCGCGAAUGCGAGUCCUUGCGUGGCCUCUUUGUGCGGCAGCAGCAGCAGCAGAUUGCGUUUUGGACUGGUCCCUUCCUGGAGAUGGUCGGGGAGAACUCUGCGGCCAAAGCUAUGGCGAAGAUGGCUGCCAAGGGGGCACAAGAGGCCCUGGCUGCUGUGCAGCAGGGCGAGAAGGAGGAUUCCCUCGCAGACGCGCAGAGUCUUUCGCUGGACGGCGUGUCCAGGUGCGUGAUGCCAGAAAAGACGUCGGCCCAGAAGCUCCGCGCAGAGAUGGAGUACUGGCGUGAUAUGGCACUGACUUUGCAGCGGGAGCUGCACAAGUCCAAGAGCCCCAAGGCAGGGGUUUCAGACACGGAGACCAGGAGUUCCAGGUCGGCCAGCAGUGACGGGGUGCUGUGAGCCAGGCUGGAUGACCUCGAAAAUUCGUUAGUUGCACCGCGAUUGCAUGAAUUCAUUAUCUUUCAGGAAAGCUGCGGAAUCCGACACGAG